GCACGCAAUUCACGUUGUGGUGUCGGGAUAGGGGUGGGGGUAGGCAUUGGGACGCUUUACACCCCACUUUUACUGACGCACACAGAAUUGAAAAUAUAGAAUUGAGAAUUGAGAUAGUUGGAGAGAAAAACCCUCCAGACUCCACACUUGCGUCUCUGAAAGAAAAGAAUAAAUUCGUGGAAAGGCAUGGCAUGUCCAUAUCUCACCUGAAACCUGGAAGUGAAUGAGGUUUUGGGAUUGGAAUUCCUUUUUUUUUUUUUUCUUUUUUCUUUUUUCCUCUCCAAUUAUGCUUGUUGGCGAUUUAUUCUUCUAAUUUGAUUUGUAAUUGAUAAUUGGGUGGGUGAGGGAUCGCCGCCACUGUCGUCUCCAUCAUCUUCGUCUAUAUUCAUAUCGUAUAUAGUGGCUUGUGUUGCAGUGGAGUGGCAAUUGGCAUUUGGGGCGGCAUUGCUUCACUAAUUUAAAUUCCCCAAUUACAAUUACAAUCACAAUUGCAGUGGUUGGUAAAGAGAGAGAAAUUUAUAUAAUCCUUCCUUCCUUCCUAUCUAAAACACAUCCACCAGCAGCAGCGGCAGCGACAAGUAGCAGAUAGAGGAUAGAGCUGCUGUGUGUCGGUGGGCACUUGGACUGACUGAAGGGGAGUAAUAGUAUCAGUAUACACUGUAGAGUAGAAAAUCUUCUUUUAAAUGAGCGAUGUCCAUACCCAAGGAGCCGGAGCAGGUGAUGAAGCUCAGAGGAGGAUCAGUGCUGGGCAAGAAGACCAUUCUCAAGAGCGAUCAUUUUCCUGGCUGCCAGAACAAACGCUUGUCCCCUCAUAUCGAUGGCGCUCCCAACUAUCGCCAGGCGGACUCUUUACAUGUUCAUGGUGUUGCAAUUCCAACAAUUGAUGGGAUCCGGAAUGUUCUUAAACAUAUUGGGGCUCAGAAAAUAGAUGGCAAGGGAGCGCAAGUUCUUUGGAUUAACCUUCGUGAAGAACCGGUGGUAUACAUUAAUGGGCGACCUUUUGUUUUGCGUGAUGUGGAAAGGCCUUUCUCCAACCUGGAAUAUACGGGAAUCAACAGGGCUAGGGUUGAACAAAUGGAAGCUCGACUGAAAGAAGAUAUCCUAAUGGAAGCUGCAAGAUACGGAAAUAAGAUCCUUGUAACUGAUGAACUACCAGAUGGUCAGAUGGUGGACCAGUGGGAACCAGUUUCUUCUGAUUCUGUGAAGACACCAUUGGAGGUAUAUGAAGAACUACAAGUUGAAGGAUACCUUGUUGAUUAUGAGCGUGUUCCCAUAACUGAUGAAAAAUCACCAAAAGAGCUGGAUUUUGAUAUUUUGGUUCAUAAAAUAUCUCAAGCUGACAUAAAUACAGAGAUAAUUUUUAACUGUCAAAUGGGACGUGGGCGAACUACAACUGGGAUGGUGAUUGCUACUUUGGUUUACCUCAACAGAAUAGGAUCUUCGGGUAGUCUUGUUACUUUCUGUAAACUCUAUCUUUUUACUUCUAGUAUCAGCAUUGGAAAUGGUAUUCCAAUUACCAAUUCUAUUGGAAAGGUUUCUGAAUCCAGUGCUAAUGUCACGGACAAUUUGCCAAACUCAGAAGAGGCAAUCCCUAGAGGAGAAUAUGCAGUUAUAAGAAGCUUGAUUCGAGUAUUAGAGGGUGGUGUUGAAGGCAAAAGACAAGUGGAUAACGUCAUUGACAAGUGUGCCUCCAUGCAGAACUUACGUGAAGCAAUUGCUACUUACCGCAACAGUAUUCUUCGCCAACCUGAUGAGAUGAAAAGGGAGGCGGCACUUUCUUUUUUUGUGGAAUAUUUGGAAAGAUACUAUUUCCUUAUAUGCUUUGCGGUGUACAUUUAUUCAGAAAAAUCAGCCCUCCAUUCUAGAACCUUGGGUAAUAAUAGUUUUGCUGACUGGAUGAGAGCAAGGCCCGAACUAUAUAGCAUUAUUCGCAGGUUGCUAAGGAGAGAUCCAAUGGGUGCACUUGGAUAUGCAAGCCUAAAGCCAUCUCUGAUGAAGAUUGCUGAAUCUGCUGAUGGCCGCCCCUGUGAGAUGGGUGUAGUUGCAGCCUUGAGAAAUGGUGAGGUUCUAGGUAGCCAAACUGUUCUGAAAAGUGACCACUGUCCAGGGUGUCAAAACCCAAAUUUACCUGAAAGAGUGGAGGGUGCCCCAAAUUUCAGAGAAGUCCCUGGCUUUCCUGUUUAUGGAGUGGCAAAUCCAACAAUCAAUGGUAUACGAUCUGUCAUACAACGGAUUGGCAGCUCCAAAGAUGGUUGUCCAGUUUUUUGGCACAAUAUGAGGGAGGAACCUGUUAUUUACAUCAAUGGAAAACCAUUUGUUCUCCGUGAGGUUGAAAGACCAUAUAAAAACAUGCUUGAAUACACGGGAAUUGAACGUGAGAGAGUGGAGAGAAUGGAAGCUCGAUUGAAAGAAGACAUCCUGCGAGAAGCUGAACAUUAUGGGGGUGCCAUAAUGGUUAUUCAUGAAACAAAUGAUGGGCAAAUAUUUGAUGCUUGGGAACAUGUAAGUGCUGAUUCUAUUCAAACUCCACUUGAAGUUUUUAAAAGUUUGGUGGCCGAUGGUUUUCCAAUUGAGUAUGCUCGUGUGCCCAUAACGGAUGGUAAAGCUCCCAAAAGUUCCGAUUUUGACACAUUGGCGAUGAAUAUAGCUUCUGCUUCCAAGGACACUGCUUUUGUCUUCAAUUGCCAGAUGGGUCGAGGAAGGACAACCACUGGUACUGUAAUUGCUUGCCUUUUAAAAUUACGGAUUGAUUAUGGUAGACCUAUUAAAGUUCUGCUGGACAGUAUGAUCCAAGAAGAUGAGGAUGGCGGUACCUCAAGUGGUGAAGAAACUGGAGGUACUGUGGCUGCAUUAACUUCCAGCAUGGAGAAACCAAAAACUGAAAAGGAGCAAGGUCGAAUUUUUGGCAUAAAUGACAUCUUGUUGUUAUGGAAAAUAACAAGAUUGUUUGAUAAUGGGGUGGAAUGCCGGGAAGCCUUAGAUGCUAUUAUCGAUAGAUGUUCUGCUCUGCAGAACAUUCGCCAAGCUGUUUUGCAGUACAGAAAGAUGUUUAAUCAACAACAUGUUGAACCAAGGGAAAGGAGAGUGGCGUUGAACCGUGGUGCCGAGUACUUGGAGCGGUACUUCCGUUUAAUUGCUUUUGCAGCAUAUUUGGGAAGUGAAGCAUUUGAUGGAUUUUGUGGACAAGGAGAAUCCAGGAUGACAUUUAAGGAUUGGUUGCAUCAACAACCUGAAGUCCAAGCAAUGAAAUGGAGCAUAAGAUUAAGGCCUGGGCGAUUCUUUACAAUCCCUGAGGAGUUGAGAGCUGCCCAAGAGUCCCAACAUGGAGACGCUGUGAUGGAGGCCAUUGUCAAGGCUCGUAAUGGUUCUGUUUUAGGGAAAGGAUCUAUACUUAAAAUGUAUUUCUUUCCUGGUCAGAGAACUUCUAGCCACAUACAAAUUCAUGGAGCACGGCAUGUUUACAAGGUUGAUGGAUAUCCUGUUUACAGCAUGGCAACUCCAACAAUUUCUGGUGCCAAAGAGAUGCUAGCAUAUCUAGGUGCCAAGCCCAAAGUAGAAGGAUCUGCUACUCAAAAAGUGAUAUUAACUGAUCUGCGAGAAGAGGCAGUUGUUUACAUUAACGGGACACCAUUUGUCCUCAGGGAGCUAAAUAAACCUGUUGAUACGCUCAAGCAUGUGGGGAUCACUGGUCCGGUGGUGGAACACAUGGAGGCACGGCUGAAAGAAGAUAUAUUGUCCGAGGUUGGACACUCUGGUGGUCGAAUGCUUUUACAUCGUGAAGAAUAUAUCCCAGCAUUAGAUCAGUCCAGUGUCUUAGGAUACUGGGAAAACAUAUUUGCAGAUGAUGUGAAGACACCUGCUGAAGUAUAUGCUUCUUUGAAAGAUGAUGGUUAUAACAUUGUAUACAGGAGAAUUCCAUUAACAAGAGAGAGAGAGGCAUUGGCUUCUGAUGUUGAUGCUAUCCAGUACUGUAUAGAUGACUCUGCAGGGUGUUAUCUUUUUGUGUCACACACAGGAUUUGGAGGUGUGGCAUAUGCAAUGUCAAUCAUUUGCGUCAGACUUGGUGCAGAGGCAAACUUUGCUUCAAAGAUGCCACAAUCAUUUGUUGGCCCGAAUCGAAUGUUUUCACCUCAAGAGGACUUGCCUUCCCGGAUGUCUGAUGAAGAAGCUCUUAGGAUGGGUGAUUAUCGUGACAUACUAAGCCUUACGAGAGUUCUCAUGUAUGGUCCCAAAAGCAAAGCAGAUGUUGACCUUGUCAUUGAAAGGUGUGCAGGUGCGGGGCACUUACGGGAUGAUAUUCUUUACUACAGUAGGGAACUCGAAAAGUUUCCUGAUGUUGAUGAUGAGCAUCGGGCAUACAUUCUGGACAUGGGUAUCAAGGCUUUAAGGCGUUACUUUUUCCUUAUAACAUUCAGGUCCUACCUCUACUGCACUUCUGCAGCCGAGGUGAAAUUCACAUCAUGGAUGGAUUCUAGGCCUGAACUUGGACAUCUAUGUAAUAACCUCAGGAUUGAUAAAUGAUUUCUAUUUUAUGAAUAUACAUGAAGAUAUGUAUAGGAAUGAGAUAUAAAUUAAGGUACAGAGGGCAUUGCCACUAAGAACUUCCUGCUAUUAUUCACAACUUCUCUCUCGCCCUCUCCUACUGUCCUCCCUGGGCAGUGGUCGUGAGGCACCAUGCGGCCCUAAGUUUUGUAUGCUAAAUGCAGGUAAAUUAUUGGCAAAUGAUGUUAUUGGGAAUUUGGGAUUUCGUUA